CCCACCUCGAAACAGAGUUAUGGUCGCAAAGUGGACACUACUACGGGCAGCCCCAACUCAAUUCCCUCUAUACAAUCUACAAUAUUCCAGUUCAGAGUACCUGCAAAAAUGUUUAUAUUCAAUUAAAACAAGUUAAUUUACUUUUACAUCAUUAAAUACCAAUAAUUAUAUUAAUUAUCAAAAAUAAUGUAUCAAAAUAAAAACAACAACAAUAAUGUAAAUGAUAAAAUGAUUGGAGAACUUGCUAAAGAUUAUUCGGCUUACAUGAAAGUUGAUUUACCAAAUCAGACAUUGAAAAUUCAUGAAACUAUUGAAGAAAUGAUGAUAAGGCUUGAAGAAUUUGAAUCAAUUGUUGGAAUGGUACAGAAUUUGCGAGCCGAGUGUACUUUUGAGCAUUUAGUAAGAUUCCGGUCAGUAAAUCCCCAAUUAAUGGAAUUGUGCAAGCGAAUUGAUGCACUGGAGCAUGUUGUUGCACGUGCUAACAUCGACUUGAUGAAUUUAGAAGCGGCUGUUGACACGGCUGAGGUUGAAUUAGGUGUCAGCACAACAGUGUCUGACCGGUUGCUUGGUAUUUUUAAUCCACUUUCACUAUUUAAAUCCAAGAGCGAAACUCUGGGAACGACACUUGGAGCAACGUCCAGAAUUGAACCGAGCAUUGAGUUGCCUCCGAUUUUCCGAACCAGAGACGUUUUUCAAACCACAAUUAGUAAUAAUAAAUAAUAAAAUUUUAUUUACCAAAACACCCUUCAGAAAUGCAGUGUCUCCACCUUGUCAUUUUACCUGGACCGCAUGUUUUGGUGCAGCAUGACCACUUGCCCCAAUUGUCCCAAAUUUUAGCUUUUUUUUCUAUAUAAAAAUUUGAAAAUUAUGCUAGAGACCUUAGAUUGGAUGUCAAUCAGACAAAAUUACUUAAAAAGCUAAUUAGAGAUAAAUGAUGGACACACUAUAAUACUAGAAAUAAUGAUAAAAAUUGAAAAUUAUAAGAAUUAGAACACGUACUAAGGAAAAAUCAAUAAUAUAUAGAGACUUUAAAUGGUACAAUAGACUUGAAAGUGAAAUCACUAGUCAAAAUAGAAUGAAUAUAUUUAAAAUUUUACUAUGACAAUAUGUAAAAAGGUAAUAUUGAUAUGUUUAAUAAAAUAGAUGAAAAAUGAUAAAUGCGUAUAUAUGAUAUGUUUUAUAAAUAUGAAUAGCUAAAAGCUAAUGUACUUAAGUACAAUUAAAUAAAUAAAUUAAUUAUACUUGUUUAAAAACAAAAAAAAAAAAAAAAAAAAAAAAAAAAUCAACUAAUAAAAUUGUUGAUUUUAUAGAAAAUUAAGCAUAAAAAUCUUUACUUCGAGUUUGACACGCAGCCAAAGUACAAGUUUUUAA